AAUGUCUGCAAGAGGAGUUCCAGUGCCUGACAGACAAUUUAUGUAUUCCUGAAAGUCGAGUUCAUGACGGCUGGAAAGACUGUCCCGAUGGUUCCGAUGAAGAAUGUGGAGAAGACCAACAUCGUUGUGGGUGCGGAUUUCCUCGCUGUCUGGAUCGACAACAUGUUGGAGACGGAAUCAGUGAUUGUUUGGAUGGGUCAGAUGAAGAUAUUUCUCAAAAAAAGUCUUCCUACAUGUGUCCGGAUGAAGACCAGCUUCAAGACCUCUUGGCUGUGGAAAGGAAAAAACGAGAUGCAGAGCCACAGGAAGAAGAAUACAUUGAAGAAACAGUUAACACAGCUCCCGACGAAUCUUCCACAGCUAAUAGCAGAAUCAUAAAGAAGGCAAAAAAAUAUCGAACGUUUAUUCGGAGAGUCAAGCCCUCUGGUGGAUUGAACCUACAAGGUUCCCGACCUAUCGUAAUAAGAAGAACUAGGAUAAAUCAGGCUUCCCCAUCAGUACUUGCAACACCUCUAAGAAAUACAAAUUUAGAAAGUACACAGCUAAGUUAUGACCGUGUCUUCUCAUCAGAAGAAAUAGAUGACGUUUCGGUUCCAAAACCUAUAAGACGUGUUGUUCGCUUGAAACGCCCUUUGGGACAAUCAGAGGGCAACCGACGAAUUAUUGUGACCAGAAGAGUAAACCCCCAAAGUCCGGUGGGGAUCGCUACUUCUGUGAAAGCAAGGGGACCGGUGUUAAGUUAUGUAGAUCAUUCUAAUGAUUUGGAUGUUGAGACAUUUCAUAAGAAGUUGUACUCAACGGUUUUGCCUUUGACUUUUUAUACAACGUUUACUUACUUCACAACGUUUCUCCAAGGAACUGUUCCUGUUUAUACUAGCAGAGAAGCCGUGCGUUUUAGCAUUAGUCUACAAACACCCAACCCUGCUAUUGUGAGUGUUAUUGAGAAAGAGUCGGGUUAUAUAACUCGUGUGGAGGAUCAGAAAAUUACACCCAUUGGUUCUAGAUCACGAGAAGGAACAAUAACGAUUGUCAAUCUUGGGUCCAGAGUUCAGAUUUUUAACAAUGAUAUUCAACGUGCAAUAUUCGCAACAACAUCUGUUCCAACAUUUGGUGAACAAAAGACAAUAGACGUAAGUUACCUGGAUUCCAUUGCUAAAACGUACUAUACACACUUCACGUACUUUUACACUUUUUACGAUAGUUUAACUACUCAGAAGUCAACACGCACUGAAGUCAUCUCAAGUACUGCAACACCAGACGAGGAACUUCUAAAGUAUUCUUUCGUAAACACCAUAGACAGCAAUGGUUUCCUUACUGUUCGUCCAGUGAACCGAAUAGUAAACCUGGGAUCAACAGCUGUUGACGGCACUACGACGCACCUUCGACUCUCUCUGCAAACACUUCUGAAACUGGAUGGUUUCCAAAAUGGUGUUUUAAGGACAGCAAUGCCCACAGAUGCACUCGUUCCAUCUCAAGAUAGUGGCCCAAUUUUGGCAUCAAAUUAUAUGCAAGGGCGCGUUGAAACUUCACAACAGGACUAUCUUUCACUUGAGCACUCACAACUAAAACCAUCUUACUUUUCAGCCGAAGAUGCUAGUUUCUCGAAUCAACGCUCUCUUUCUGUGGAUGUUACACCCGAAAUCCCAUCGAGAAGCGAAACGGACACAACCCUGUUUGAAAACAAACCUCGUGUUCGUGUAGUUACGUCCAUCAUACGAAGGACCUCUGGUGCCCUGAAAAGUCGAACAUUUCCACCAAGACCGGGCGUGCGUGUUCGUGUGAAACCUGCUACCUCAAAACUUAAAAUAACAUCUUUUUUAACAGACGAAAAUCAACCUACGACUUUAUCAGAUUUGUAUCCAAACCAGAGAAACAGUUUAUUCCAUUCAACUAAGUUUCUCAUACCUUCGCCUGAAAAUGUUGUAGCAACUCCAGAGUUCGAUAAUAAACUAGCAGAAGCAUCUGCAAAUAUUGUUUUAACUCCUUUUUUGACGUCAAGUUCGGAUGACUCAAUCGAAAGCAUAUCAACCUUGAAUUCUGCUGAAUUUGGAACAACGCCUGCUAAUAGAAAGAGACUAAAAAUAACAGUCCGAAGGCCCAUUGCAGGAGUACGGACUACUAGAACAAACGCAAGGUUUGUCUUGCCAUCUCGUCUGGACGUUACAAGUCGACCAAAGUAUUACGUUGUUACUAGAACUAACCCACUCGGUAUUGUCCAACCAUCAAGAAGACCGUAUGUCAAAGUGAGUAGAAGGUUGAGGACUUUUAUUACAACUCCAUCUUUACGUAAUAAAACUGACGACCACGUAAGCAGUUCUAGUUCGAUUAAAUCCGUGGUGCUCACUUUCUUCACCACCACCACUUUCACUGUCCCUUACACAGUGGGAGAUGAGACAUUGUAUACAACUGUGGAAGAGACCAAUUCACGCAUCACCACCCAACCUGUUGGGCAGUCCUCUUCAGUUGAAGCUACGUCAUCUCUCGAUUAUCCUACCGACUCCAGAGAAGACACUCCUUCUUUAGACCCUAUCCAGGGUAAUUCUAUAAACAUGUUACAUCCAGACGUUCUCACUCCCGAGUUAGAUUCUGAUUCUGAUGAAAGCCUGAACUUAUUGUCGUCAUUAUUAAUAUCAACAGAAGCUGACGCAACCGUUCCAACGUUUACCCCAGAAGAACUCUUUGAGCUCGAAAAUUCUAUAAAUAAUGCACUGAAAUCUUCUAGUCCUCAAGUAAUCACCACAAGCUCUGAAGACCAGUCUCUUCUAAUAACCAAUACAUUAGAUGGAUCACAUGUCAGAUCUGAAGAAUCAGAAAUACCGAAAGACAUUUCAAGUGAACCACUUAACUCUGACAACGACGAAUAUAAUCUAAAGACACUUUUUACUACGUUUACUCUUUAUACAACACUGUUCUCGGGAAGUUCCCCUAUAGUUUCAAGUUUUGAGAAGGUAGUUUCGGAAGUGGUUACCUUCCCUGUUACAGAAGAAAUAUUUUUUCUCAGCACUCCGUCUUUGUCGGACACUCGACCUCUCGAGAGUUUAUCUAUUUUAGUCGAAACAAGUGAAAUACUUAAAACUAGUACCAUCUUUAGCACGUCUACGUUCUUUGCUACUCUUUUCAAUGGCACAAGCUCAUUUGUUUCGCCCAUAGAAGAUGUUCACUCUGAAGUGUACACCAUUACUGAGCCUGUUACUUUUACUCGUACGCUUAGUUCAACAUCUACGCCUCUUCCAACACCAGUUCAACCUUCGCAACCCAUAGAACCAACCCCGGUGUAUUCCACUGUGACAGAAUACACCACUUAUACCAACUUCGUUACUUUGUUCCAAGAAGAUUCAUCCAUAAUCUCAAAUAUUGAAGAAGUGGUCUCUAACAUAUACACAAUUACUCUACACGGUUCUGUUGUAGAUUUAAGUACCACUGAGCCAGCAACGACUAGUAGCCCUACACCUCCAAUAGUUUCUAGUAGUUCUUUAAAACCAUCUGUUACCAUCUUCCAACCCACAACCAGCAGUUCUUUGUCCAAUGUGGAUGACUAUGUGCCAUCUGUUGAGACAUAUUCAUCAAUCAUUGACAGCAGUGGGAUGGUGGAAGUUCCAAAGAGCUCCACGUUUUCUUCACCAAUCACAAGUCCUACUAUUGUUAGCAGUACUUCGAAAAGUACCGAAGAACCUGAAGUGGUGAUCACGAGAACCACCACUCAAACUGUUUAUUCCACAGACACUCACUACAUCACCCUCUUCAGUGGCAUAAAAACAAUACUGUCGUCGAUUGAAGAUGUGCAUUCCAAACUGAUAGCGAAAACCGUCACGGAGACAAUCAAAGGUUCCAUUACUCUUAAUGCUAUAGUUUCAAGUAGCAUAAAAGAAAUAUUCUUACCAAAAACAACACAUUUUGAUGCUUCCAAAGCAGAAUCUGAGCGGCUACCCAAAGUUUCUUAUCCAAAACUUGUACCGUCUUUACAGAAAUAUCUUACCACUUAUACUUACUUCACGACUUUAACGAGUGGCACCAACACCAUUGUGUCCAGCAAGGAAGAGGUAGCAACUUCGUACAUCACCCUUUUUGUUCCAGAAUCGUCUCUUCUCAAGAAUAGCGAACUUACUACGACCUCUAUGACGAAACCAUCAGUGUCCUACAUAACCACAACCGAAUACAGUACCUAUACAUUCUUUACCACGUUGUUUAAUGGUGACGACCAAGUGGUCAUUACAAAUGAGCAAGUUAUUCCACAAGUUAGAACGUCAAAGAUAACAAUAUCAUCGGCAGAUUUCUCCAUUUCAACUACUACGCCUCUUUCCGAAAGUAUUUUGACUUUCUUCUCCACGUAUACCUACUAUACUACGUUUGUAACUGGAACCAAAACAAAGAUAUCUUCGAAUCUGAGCUCGGUCACACAGUUCGUAACAGUGCACCCAGCGGCUUCACAGGAUAAAACAGAAUCGAGUGACUUAAUAAUAGAGCCAACGCCUUCUGCAACUAUGGUUACUGUACCAGCUUUCACCGACUCGCCAGAAACUGCAGUUAUUUUAAGUAAAUCGUCCUCUUUAGCAACUAGCAUUACAAGCGUAGAAGACAUUGGAGCUACAGAAAGUACAAUGAGCAUUGUGGAUAUAAAACAAUCCAUUUCUUCAGUAGCAGACAGUAGCGAGUUGGAAGAUAUAGUGAGUAUUGUCACUAUUGUGUCUUCCAGUGUUUCAACUGAAGAACACACACCAGACGCAGAGGGCACUUUUGCCUUAGAAGACGUUCCUGUAAGAGUAGAGACAAAGAUUUCUGUUCAGACUAGCGUGUAUGUGGAAAGUAACAUUGCUUCUUCACAAGUAGAAUCAAGUGGAUCCAACGAGAAGGAAACUGUUAUUGGGAUACAACCCAGUAGCUCUUUAAUUGUUGGUGACAAAGAAACACCCACCUCUGGAAAUGACGAAACAUUUCUUAUUUCUAGUUUAGAAUCUGUAGAACUUGACGAACAGGAAAAAGUGAUUGUACCAACGGUUUCUGUUGGAAAAAGUCCUGUUGCUGAGAUUAAAGAGACAAAAACAUUAGCAGAAAAAACAAACAGAAGUUUUAACUCUAUAUUCAGUGGAACAUCCACUAAAGUAAUUGGUGGAUCAACAGUUGUCUUCUUUACUAACUUUAUAUUACCAGGUUUAGACCAACCUUCUUCGUCAACAUCAGCUGUAUCUUCAACAGAAUAUAACGAAAGUAACAUUUCUUCACUGGAAACGUCUGCUUUCAUAAUACCAACUUAUGUUAUUGACGAGGAAACAGGUGCUUUAAAACCAGCAGAAGACAUGGCUGAAAAUAUAACUCAAAUAAACUCGAAUGGCACAAAUGAAUUUAUAACAAAAUUGAAUGACUUUUAUCAACCAUCAGCUACGUUGGAUUAUGUGGAAUUGCAUAACGAAACAACUCCUGAUGAAGACUAUGAUAACCAGUCGGGACCAAUCAUAGAUUUGUCAGACCUUCUUGGAGGAAAUGCUAAUAUAGAUGGUAAUCUGGCUGAGGCAGUAAAGGGUAUUCUAAAUAAAAUUAAUCUAACAGGAACUGGUGCCAAUCAAACAAGAGAAAACAUCUUAGGUGUAAAACAAAAAGAAAUGGAGAGGGAAUCCAUUAGCAUUGAAAAAGAACCAACAGGAAGAGUUGUAGAUAUGGCCAGAAAUGAAGAUACUAAGCCUGAUGAAAGAUUGACAGAGUCAGAGCUGUCAUCUCAUGAACAAGAAUCUCGUGAUAAAGAAACUCACAUUUUCUCUGGAAUAAAGACAAUUUUCUUCGAACCAACACCUGUCUCCCUUGACCCAUCUAGUCUUGAACCAAGAAGCGAAGACACGUUAGAUAUUGGAACUGUUUCUCAAGAUAAUGCUAAGGAGACUUCUACAGGUGCAGUUGGAGCAGAAGUAAGUACAUCUACUAUCUCCGGUUUUAAGACCGUAUUUUUAGAAAGCUCCACAAUGGAACUCCAACAAGGCUCCGACACAAAAACUUCUGAAACUGAAUCAUCAGUAGAUCGCGAAACAUCAGAUCGAGCUAGAAAGAUACUAGGAGAAGUACAGGUUUACGAUGAGACCACGAUCCUUGCAAGUGGUUCCAAGCUACUUGUACCUGACAUUAAGCUUACUAAUUCUAGUAUGACACGGGAUCCAGAUGGACAUAUAACCAUAACUAAGACGUCAACAGGAGCUAAAACAAUAUUUUUCCCUCUUCCUAACCAAGAGAUCCAGGUUCCACACGUUGCUGAAGAUACUUCUACACGUUAUGUUACUAGUUUGGAGUCAGCAACCAGAACAUUGACAUUAACAACCACUAAUAUAUAUUAUACUAGGGAUAGUCCAAUUACCGUAACUUCUGUCUUUACAACUACAAUUCCACCGCGUACUUUUGUAUCCACUAUUAUUGGGAGCAGAACGAUUUUGGGCACGAUACCCGAGCCAACCGAGUCAGUCAAGUUUGAAAAGUCAACAAUAACCUCAAAAUCGACAACCAAAGUUACGACGACAACGCUUGUCUUUAACUCCAUUACUACAACAGUAGUACGUACAUUAGUUCUGAGGACUGAAGACCUAACACCAUCAGGAACAUCUACCACAACUUCAACCAGAGCAACCGUGAAUGUGUUCCAAGAAAAUGCUACAGCCAAAGAUUCGUCUGUAGAUUCAACAACCCUCAAUCCCAAGGAAAGCAUCUCAACCAAAGAUAGCUCAUCUUCAACGUCAGUAGCAUCGACGUCUCAAAACCUUCUUCCAAAUUCAACAAAUCCUGCAACUAAAUCCACGGAUUCUCCUCCGACAGAAUCGACGACCUCAGUUAGAAAGUACCCGGAUGACGUUUUUAACCAAGAAUUAUGCACCCCUGAAUGUGAUGUGACAAAUCACGAACUGUGUAAGAAAAUAGAUGGCGCUUGGGCCUGUGAAUGUAGACCCGGAUAUUCUCGAACAGAGAAUACUUUACCUUGUGAAGAUGUGAAGAGUUACGUUGUGGUGCUCCGUGUGCAGAAGGUCAAAGAUUCCGUCCUUACUUACAAAACUGAAAUGUCUAACAGUCUGUCUCUAGAGUUUAAAGAGCUUGCUGCUCUGACUAAGAAAGCCGUUACGCAAGCAUAUAAGAAUUCAAAGGUCAAAGAAGGUUACGUUAGUGCCGAUGUUAACAGUAUUAUGAACAUUAAAAAGCUGAAUAAGCCAAAGGAGUUGCAGGAAGGAGUUUUGGUAAACUUUACAGUUCGGGUUAAGCGAAGUUCUGAAAUAGACGAGAAUGUGUUGAAGAAGGAGCUCUCACGUUCUAUCCUAGCUUCUAACUACAGUGUUGGAAACACAGAACUAUACGUCAGUCCUUCGGUACAAAGUGUACAGAACGCUCAAGAUUUUGAUGAAUGUUCGGAUGAUUACAAUGACUGUGGAAGAGCAGCUAUGUGCAUCAACCAGCCAGGAACAUUUACCUGUAAAUGUAAGGAUGGAUAUGAAGACCUGAAUCCCAGCUUACCGGGCCGAGUGUGCUUAGGUGAGAUCAAAGACUGUGAAUACUGCAAUGGUCGAGGAGAUUGUACCAUAGCCGAUAAAGGGGCCAGGAUUUGCAGUUGUCAUCGUAUGUAUUUUGGUAGAAGAUGUGAGAUCAACGGUUUGAUUUUAGCCAUUGUCCUACCCAUUGCUGCGAUCCUCUUUAUUCUACUUAGCUGUUGUCUACUUCAUUGGUGUCGCCGUUCGCGUCGUCAGCAUCAGAAAGAGGAUAAAAGCAAACCCAUGACUUAUACCUUGGGAAUGAACAAUGAGACACCAACAGAAGGCAUCGUAGACAGAAAGUCUAUGAUAUUUGACUCGUCCAGUGAGGGCAGCAUUGACCAUGGCAUUCGUCACCCUUACGCCUUUGAUGGUCCUUACCAGCCAGAAGACUGUACUCUACCAAAGAUGAGCAGUGGGAAGAGCGAGCUAAGCCUUGACCGGAGUUUAUCGACUGGCUUUGCUGUACCACCAAUGGUCAUUCCUCGAGCGAAACAUCAUCCGAAACAGGCAAGCUAUGGUCUGUACCAGGGACAGAUGUAUGCUUGGUGAAGCAAACACCACUAAAGAUGUCAGAGUCCUGUCCCUUAAUGUUGAUUUCUCUUCAAGACACGAAGAUGGUUUUAAUGUAGUUAAAACGUCAAGGACAAGUGUUCGUGGCGUACGCCAUCUUGUAUCAUAUAAUCACUUGUAUAUUAUGAACUAUAACCUGAAAUUAUGCUUAACGUGCCGAGUGUAUCAGGUAAUUUUAUUAACCUUGUAGCACUUUACUGAAAUAAAUAUUAUU